AUGCCCCUCCCUUGGACCAAAGCCGUUUGCGGGGGUGUGCCAUCGGGGGAGCGCGCCACGCUGCAGACGCCGGCCCAGAUCCUGGCAGAGCCGAUGUUUUUGGACGUUGUUCUCUCAAUGCCUCCACCCCCGAUAAACGGGAGUAGGAAGAGGAUGGUCAAGAGGUUGCUCCCAGCGGUGAUCGGCGCACUCGACGACACCCUCAAAGGCAGGCGAUUGGCCACAGCCCGGGUGGUCUUACACCGUUCUGGCGCCACAAUGAACGAUGUACAGUCGCAGCCGGCACCGGGCAAGGUCAGGCAAGCUGAUCCGUCAAUGGAGACUCCCAUUGAUGCUCCCGCUGGACUGCUGGGUUACCUGCGGGAGAGGGGAUCGAAUGGAGGAGGAGGGUGGGCCGUGGGCGGGUGGCAGCCGCUCGAAGCGGGGAAACUUGCUUCUUUGGCCGUCGUGCAGGGCGUGAUGCAGUGA